AUCUUAAGUUCUUGGAAAUUCUCUAAUUUUGACUAUCAAUGGAGUUUUUGGAGAACAAGAGCGUUUUUAUCAUUGGUGCCCUAGGAUUUCUGGGGAAGAUCAUGGUAGAGAAAAUAUUAAGGGUUCAACCCAAUGUGAAGAAACUUUAUAUACUUGUACGAACAACCGAUGAAAUUACAGCCGCACAACGCUUCUAUUAUGAGGUCGUAGGAAAAGAUCUAUUUACACGGUUAAAGGACAAAUGGAGGGGGGAUUUAAAUACCCUAAUCUCAGAGAAGGUUCGUUUAGUGGCGGGAGAUAUCUCACUCCCAAAUAUGGGAUUAAAAGACUCAAAUUUAUUGGAAGAGAUGAAGAAUCAAGUGGAAAUAAUCGUUAACUUAGCUGCAACAACCAAGUUUUAUGAAAGAUAUGAUGUAGCAUUUGGCACUAACACAUUGGGAGCUAAACAUGUAUUAGGCUUUGCAAAGCAAUGUUCUAAUUUGCAAGUACUUGUCCAUGUAUCCACCGCUUAUGUUUCAGGUGAAAAAAAAGGACUUAUACUCGAAACUCCAUAUGAAAUGGGGAAAUCACUAUACCAAACUACAAGUCUAAAUAUUGAGACUGAACGAAUUGUGGUUGAAGAGACACUAAAUGAAUUAAGAAAUAAUGGAGGAACAGAAGAAAGAACAACCUUAGCCAUGAAACAAUUGGGCCUCAAAAGGGCAAUGAUGCAUGGAUGGCCAAACACGUAUGUAUUUACAAAGGCAAUGGGCGAAAUGGUGGUUAGUGACCAAAAAGACCAUCUACCUUUGGUCAUUAUACGACCAACUGUAAUUACAAGCACGUGUAAAGAACCUUUUCCUGGUUGGAUUGAAGGUGUAAGGACUAUUGAUAGCUUAAUUGUUGGAUAUGCUAAAGGCAAACUAACCAGCAUUCCAUGUGAUAAUAAUUCAAUCCUUGAUGUGAUCCCAGCAGACAUGGUAGUAAAUACAAUUGUCAUGGCAAUAGUAGCACACAAACUCCAACCAUCUAGUCAAAGAAUAUAUCAUGUGGGUUCUUCUCUAAGAAAUUCUAUGAGAUAUAUUGAUUUGAAAAAUUUUCUUUUCCAAUACUUCAUUGAGAAACCAUGGAUCGAUGAAGAUGGAAAUGCCAUUAAGGUUAAGAAAAUUAUUGUCUUCAACAACAUGGCUAGCUUCCGCAGACACAUGAGCAUUCGCUAUUUGAUUUUUCUCAAGGUAUUGGAAUUUGCAAAUAAGGCAUCAUGUCACUCUUUAGAAGACCUGUACGCUGAUCUUAAGAGGAAAUUUGAUUGGAUGGUGCGACUCACUGAACUUUAUCGCCCAUAUUUAUUCUUCGAUGCUAGAUUUGACGACACCAACUUAGAAAAAUUGAGAAUUGCCACUCAAGACAUUGACAGAGAUGCAAAUACAUUGUUUCUGGACCCUAGGGAUAUAAAUUGGGAGGAUUACUUCGUCAAUAUCCACAUUCCUGGACUUGUUAAACAUGUCCAAAACAAAUUUCAAAAACAAAUUGUGCUUCCUCAGUGAAUGAAUUUAAGCUGUGUUUUUGUUUUCUUCUUUUAAAUUAAGCAUUAUUGGCAACUACAUUAUACUUUGACAAAAUAUAGCGUGUUGACUAUGAAGUUUGUGUGUAAAAUUUCUUACUGUACUGAACAUGAAAGAGGAUCAAACUUCUCCACUUUUGUUCUUCU